CUUGCCAAGGGAACUGCGCGCCGGUCCCUGCUUAAAAAUCAAUAUAGUCGCUCUGAGGACCUCCGUGUUGCAGUGAGGCCAAGAAUAAUCUAUAAGAGCGCCCGGUAACCACAAGACCUAAGCCCCCAGUGAAGGAUUGAACGCCGGAACUUGGAAAUUGAAUACCAUCUUGAGCGUUUGCGGUUAUUUGAGGUGUUUGGGGGACAGAAGAAGUGUUGGAAUUUCGUGUUUUUAGUUUGUUUUCCUGAGUUCUUCCGUCGCUGAAGUUUGUUUGAACGCGUUUAGAACUGGUCUGGGAAUUGCUCAUUUUGGGUUCUGCGGCCGCUCUCGCCUCCGUCUCCUCCCCGUUCUGAAACUUAGCAAGAGAGAGAGAGAGAGAGAGAGGGAGAGGGAGAAAGAGAGGAAGAGAGAAAGAGCGUUCCCAUGAGAAGUGAUGUACAGAAAAGUGGAUGAAAAGUGCUGUUGACAAGAAUUGGUGGAGGAAAAAGUGCAGGAAAAGUAUAUGAAAAGUGGAUUAAAGUGAGUGAGUGGAGAUGAAGGAUGCUGCUAUUGCUACCACUGUUACUACCACUACCACCACUACUACUACUACUACUACUGGUACUGCUACAAGCGAACCAGUGACCGAUUAAUCCAGUUUUCAUCAAGUGACUGUGAUAUCUACCUGGGAUUCUUACUUUCACUUUCUCACUUGAUUAGACCCUUACCUGUCCUUACCUGAGCCUUACCUUUACCUCCAAACCUCCUCCAAUCUCUCCUCUUUCUCUCCAUACCUCCAGAAUCUCUCUCCUCCCUCUUCAUUCCCUCCAAAUACGACUUUUCUUUUUACUUUUUUCUCAACCUGAUCAUCUUACCUUCAAUUUCGCAGCUGAUUAGAUUCUUACCUGUCCUUACCUGAGCUUCCUCCUUACCUCCACCCCUUCUCCAAUCCCUCCUCUUUCCCUCCAUACCUCCAGAACCCCUCUCGCCCCUCUCCAUUUCUCUCCAUUCCCUCGAUUUCCAACUUUUUUUUCUCUCCAGCGACUGUGAUUUCAACUUAACCGUCAAAUCAAAACUCUCCCAUUUUUACCUUAAUUUACCAUAACCUGUCCUUAUCUUAACCUUCCCCUUACCUCCACACCUCCUCCAAUCCCUCCUCUAUCUCUCCAUACCUCCAGAACACCUCUCCUCCCUCUCCAUCCUCCCUUUCUUUAGACUUUUUUUUCCCCUCCUUCUCCGCGCUCCCUACGGCUCAACGCUUCCCCGCACCAUGGCCAAAGCAACACAGGCCUUCAGCAUCGCCGCCCUCCUUCUCCUACCAGGAAUCGUCUUCUCCACCUCCUCCCUAAGCGGACCCUCCUCUUCCUCUUCCUCUUAUACGUCCUCCUCCUCCUCCUCCUCCUCCUCAGUACUACAAUACGGAGGAGGAGGAGUUGACAGCGGAGGAGGAGGCGGCGGCGGCGGCGGAGGAGGAGGAAGAGAAGAAGAAUUACCUCAAGAACCACUAAAACAAGAGCAACAAGAUAUGCCAUACACGGACGUGGGGAUGGAAGAAGAUGAUGAAGAGGAGAUGAAGAGGAAGAAGGAGGAGGAAGAGGAGGACCUGUGGGCUUCGAUGAGUCUGACGGGCGUGGGUGGGGUCGACGCGCCCCCCCAGAAUAAUACGGAGGUGUUGGCCCAGGUGGGAGGGGGGGCAACCUUCACCUGUCACACCCACCACAUCAGCGACGAGAUGGUAACUUGGCUCAAAAGGGACGAUGAUCAGCUUCUAACGGUCGGGUCUCAGGUGUACGCCGCUGAGAACCGCUUCACCGCAACCCACUCCCACCACAACAAGGCGUGGGAGCUCUGGGUGAAAGACGUGCAGCUCUCCGACGCGGGGCAGUACGAGUGUCAGCUGACCACCCACCCGCCCGUCACCUUCCAUUUCACCCUCAAAGUCACGCAGGCCGAGGCGGUGGUCAGCGGCCCGUCGGAGGUUCACAUCGAGGAGGGGUCCAAGCUGGCUCUCGAGUGUCACGUUCGAUUCGCCGCCUCCCCGCCCGUCUACAUCUUCUGGUACCACAAUUCCACAAUGGUCAACUACGCCAGGCAGGACUCUCUGGAGGUCCAGCAUCACAACUAUACGAGCAACCUUGUAGUGUCCCGCGUGAGGCCCACAGACGCCGGGACUUACACGUGCGAGCCCCACCUGGCCACCCCCGCCAAUGUGACAGUGCACGUGUUCACAGGUAAGACGCCGGCGGCAAUGCAACACGGCAGAAACCAGGUGGAUGGGGGGGCUGCAACCCUCACACCUGGCGCCCUCACUCACCUGCUCCCCGCUCUGCUCCUGCUCCUCCUACUGUCGAGAGCGGCGCUGACUCCCACACACCUGACUGCAUCGAUUAUUAAACUCUAGUGAUCUAUUUGGAUGUUUGUUUGUGAGGGGAAGAGAGAGAGCGUGUGGGUGGGGAUGAGAGACUGAGGGGAAAUGAAAGCGAGGGUGUGUGUGUGUGUGUGUGUGUGUGUGUGUGUGUGUGUGUGUGUGUGUGUGUGUGUGUGUGUGUGUGUGUGUGUGUGUGUGUGUGAGUGUUUAGGUGUAUGUGUGUUUCUUUGUGUGUGUUUUCUAGCAGGUAAGGUUCUCCCCCCCCGUUUGUUUUGUUUGUUUUCUUGUUUUUUUUUAUUUGAUUACUGUGUUUUUCUUUCUUUUAUGUCUAGUUAAUUUCAUAUCAAUUCUUUUUCAAUAAUUUUUGAGGCUUAUUCAUCUUUUUUCAGGAUAUUUUUCUAUAAUUUUUGUCUAUUUCCAGUAUUUUUUUCUCAUUUCCAUCCAUUAUUUUACUUUUCCCUUAAUUUUAUUCUUGCAAUGUUGUUUUUUUUCGUUUAUUUUCAGGCUACUUGUUCCUGUUUUCGUAUG